GUGCAGUCCGCCCUGAGUGUGCUGUCAGACCCACAAGUGCAGUCCGCCCUGGCGGUGCUGUCAGACCCACAGGUGCAGUCCGCCCUGGGGGUGCGCCCAGACCCGGACAGCGACCUCAUUCCACACGGCUUCGCCGCCCGCGGCCUGCUGCUCGGCGGCGACGGCAAUUUGGGGGAGGCGGCCGCAGUCGAGGAGGCGGGGGCGGAGGGGCGCGGCGGCGGCGCAGACCCUUUGUUCCAGGUGCUCAAGAAUGUGGUCAGAUGUCUCCUGUGGCCUGGCGGCCGCAUCGUCAACCUGUUCGCGUGGCUGUGUCGCCGCUCCACGCCGGCCGAUGGGGUUGGGGCAGCGGGGGCCGCGGCGUCGGCGGCGGACGAGGGCAGCGGCUGCCGUAAGGGCCAUGGGCAGGAGCCUUGGUGGGUCAUGAAGCUGGCGGGCCAUCUGGCGGUGGUGCUGGUGGUUCUGAUCCUCCUGAGGCGCGCGCUCCGUGCCUGA